AUGGCAACACCAAAAUGGGCAUGCAUGGCUCUUUUGCUAUUUCUUAGCUUGGGAGUUGGCUCUGCUGGUAGAGCCAAAGUGGUUGAUAAACCAGAAAAGUUUGUCUUGGGUGGACAUAUUGGUUUGAAACCAGGCUUCCACAUUGGAGGUAUUAUUGAGGGGGCACUCGGCCACAAUGACAAGAGUCCCCAGAGUCCCCCCACCCCACCACCCAGCCCAAGUGACACCUCUGUCGCCGGAGCCAGAGGUGAUGGUUAUGGUGGAGGCCGAGGCGGCGGCUAUGGAAGCGGCCAAGUAGGCGGCAUUAUUGGGGGAGGAGGAGGUGGAGGCGGUAGUGUUGGUGGUGGGUUUGGCGGUGGUGGAGGCGGCUUUGGUAGAGGUAAAGGCGGCGGAUGGGGUGGUGGAGGAGGUGGCGGUGGCGGCCGAGAAGGUGGUGAUGAUUGCGGGGACCAAAGUGGCGGUGAUGACGGAGACCAAGGCGGCAGCCCAAGCAUUGUCGUCCCAGGUUUUACCAUUCCUGGCUUUGACAUUGGUGGUGUUAUCGGCGGUGGAAUUAGUACUGGAUCUUCUGGUCUAUACUGCACACCAAUUAAUUGCCGUGGUAAUGACUGCAAAGGAGUUCAUUUGUACUUCGAUAACUCUAAUGCUCCCAAUAUGUCCCCCAUUUUGGCGCCAGAGACCCUGGCGGGAAGCAACGGUCAAAAACAAAAUAUGAACCAUGAAGUGGAGGAUAAACACAGUAUGGAUACCCUGGCUUCAGAACCAAGCACUAGCCUAGACACGAAACCAAGGUCACCAGACCCAAAGGAUGACAGUGCAGCCCCAAUCUAUGUCCCUGUACCAGUCUCAGACCCAAACAAUGCCCUGUCAUCACGGGGGAGACCUCGGCCACCAAUCGAUCCUCCGACACCACCAAGCAACACCCUGGCACCAGAACCAAGCGAUGCCCCGGAACUGGAACCAAGCUAUGAUUCCGUGGUCCCAAAACCAAGUGAGGACCUGGAAGAGGAACUAAGCGUGGUUCCAAAACCAGCACCAGGAUUAGGCUAG